CGAUAAAUAAAAGUUAUUAAUUAGUAUUGCAAGGAUUUCAUUAAAUUUUUCAAGAGCGAAAUAUGCCUCGAUACUUUGGAUAUGUGGAAAGUAAAGAUAGCAAAGUUCCUCGCACCACCAGAUAUAAUGAAAACAAUAACCACAUCCAAAGAAAUGAAAUGAUGAAUAUUCAUGAAAACAGUACAGAUGAUACUGACGUUGAAAUGCAGAAUGAAAGUUCUAUGCAUCAAUCAGCCAAUAUUUCAUCGGAAGUUUCCAUUGGAUCAAGUUAUUUGUUCUGCAGUAGGUACGAUAAUGAAGUUCAUAAUUCUAAUGACACCCAAAAUACUUAUCCAUUAUUCAACACUGAAUUACGAUCAGUUUACGCUGAAGAGAAAAUUGAUUUUUCUUCAUUAAAUUCCACGCAUUUUUAUGGAUUGGAAGAAUUUGGUGACGAUAACUUCCAGGAUAAAUGGAUGCAGGAUAUUUGUCACGAAUUUUAUUCUGAUGGUGAAAGCGACAGUGAAGAAGAGGACUCUUUUUUUGACUGUUCGUCUGUUUUUGAUAGGCCGGCGAGUGAAGACGAUUCAAUAUCACAUUUAGAAAAACUAUUAAAAAAUGAUGAUAUGGACGAUACAAUAAAAGCAGAUGUUGUAAGUAAAUCCGAGAUAUUAGCAGCAGUGUUGCAGUAUUCGCUAACAUACAACUUAGCUCAAUCAGCAAUUGCAGAUUUGCUGAAAAUGUUGAAUUGUUUUCUUGGAAAUAUUUCUUUGCCAGAUACUAGAUAUUUGAUAAAUAAAUUAUUUAAUGACACUAGUAUUAUGAACUAUCAUGGGGUGUGUCCCACUUGUGAAAAAUAUUUAGGUCUUUUUCAAUGGUCUGAUAAAUUUAUUUAUUGUGAUACGUGUGAAGUAAAAAUUAAUUUUAAAGAAUCAACUUAUAAUAGUUAUUUUGUAAUUCUAAACGUAGAUAAAGAGAUAGUCAAUUUAAUUCAAGAAAAUAAAAAUUAUUACUUAAACAUUGUUAAAUUGAGGCAAGAAAAGCAAAUUGGGGUAAAUGAAAUAAGCGAUUUCUAUGAUGGAGUUAUGUACGAAAAACUUACAGAAACUUUAUCGUCACAAGAUGAAGAAUUUUCUAAUUUUGACUAUGUAACUACUGUAAUGAAUAGCGAUGGCUCUCCAAUUUUUGAAAGUAGUAAUUACUCUAUUUGGCCUAUUCAAUUUAUUAUAAAUGAGUUACCAUAUGAUGUACGCACCGCCCACCCCUUCGUAUGUGGCCUUUGGUUCGGAAAAGGCAAGCCUAAUAUGAAUAUUUUUUUAAAACCAUUUGUAGAUUAUAUGAACCGUUUAGCAAAUGAUGGUGUUUCUUGUAUUAUUGAUAACGUAGAACGACAAAUAAAAAUUUACACUCAAUGUUGUUGCGUUGAUUCAGCUGCGAGACCGCAAAUGCAAGGUUUCAUACAAUACAAUGGGUAUUUUGGUUGUGGGUGGUGUCUACAUCCUGGGGUUUAUGUAGCAUCGAAAAAGAAAGGGUGUGUAAAAUAUCCUUGGCUAGAGGAAGAAAUUCCUGGGAGAAAUAUGCUGCAAACAGUGGAUUGGAUGGAACAAAGCUUAUAUUCUAAAAAACCUAUUUUUGGAGUCAAAAGACCAUCUUGUUUGAUAAAUAUGAAACAUUUGGAUAUCAUUAACGGCUUUGUACCUGACAGUAUGCACUGUCUGAAUUUGGGAAUUGCAGCACAAUUUUUUAAUUACUGGUUUAAAGAAAAAAAUAAGCCUUAUUCAUUGACACACGAAGAAAUCGAAAAAAUUGAUGAAGUUUUGAUUAAAAUUAAAGUACCAAAUCAAAUUCGUCGUCUUUCUCGAUCGAUUAAUGAUUUGACAAAGUGGAAGUCAAGAGAGUGGGAAAACUGGUUAUUAUACUACAGUUUACCCAUUCUCUUGAUGUUUCCUCGAUUACGUGAAUAUGCACAACAUUGGAUGCUUUUGGUUCAUGCUAGCUAUUUAUUAUUACAAAAAAAUAUAACUUACUCAGAAAUUGAAACGGCUGAAAAUUUGUUAAUAGAUUUUGUCCAGAAUAUCGAAAACAUAUACCCUAAAGCCGCUAUGACUUAUAAUGUUCACCAGUUGUUACACUUGGUAUCAAGUGUAGCAAACUGGGGGCCAUUGUGGGCUCAUAGCGGAUACACAUUUGAAAACGGCAACGAACAACUUGUAAAAAAAAUUCAAGCCGCUAAGGGCGUUAUCCCUCAAAUAUGCAGAGCUCUGAGUAUGGCACAAAGUAAUUUAGUAUUAAAAAAACAUAUUUUCUCCAAACCAUAUUCCAGGGUUUCCGAUUAUAUAACGCAUUUGCAGAAAAAAACUUCUAAACUUACCUAUAAAUUUUUAAAUGCUCGAUAUUUUGGACGAAAUUACAAAGUAGCAACCAAAUGGAUCCAAGAGUUAAAUAUAUCGAAUGAAAGCCGCAUUUAUCGUAAAAUGGUGAAGGAUAGGUGUCUAUUUAAUUCAAGUAAAAUAAAUCGUCAAAGGUCUGAUAACUCGUACGCCAUAACUCACGAUGGUACUUUUAUACAAAUACUUGAUUUCAUUGUAGAUCCGAUAAAUAGGCUAGAAUUUACUUUGGUACGCAUGAUAAAUAUCGAAAAUAUUUAUCCGGAUAGAGAAGCGAGCAUUAAAAAAAUAACUGAAAUUUCUGAAAAUAUAUUUGCAAUAAAAACUGCUGACAUAGCAAAAGUUUGUGUUUUUAUUUCAAUUGAUAAAAAUAUAAGUUAUGUUGGCCCUGUACCAAAUUUGUAUUAUUAUUAG